AUGGUCCCUCCUCCCCCUUCCAACAAGCCACACGUUUGCCUUUCGUGUGUGCUGAUAAUGAGUAGCAUGGCUCUACUGGACGCCUACCUGGUGGAGCAGAAUCAAGGUCCGCGGAAGGUGGGCGUCUGUAUCAUGGUGAUGGUUGGAGACGUUUGCUUCCUCAUCGUACUGAGGUACGUAGCGGUCUGGGUGGGCUCUGAGGUAAGAACUGCGAAGCGCGGCUAUGCCAUGAUCCUUUGGUUCUUCUAUGUCUUCGUAUUGGAGAUCAAGGUCUACUUCGUCUACCAGAAUUACAAGGCGGAAGGCGACAAAAUUGAUGCACUCACCUGCAAGGCUUUGACGGUGUUGCUUUCAGUUUUCGUACCGGGGCUUUACGUUACGCUAGCAGCUAUUGACCACAUGGAAUACGUUCGACCAAUCAAGAAGAGGGAGGAGCUUAGAAGUCGACUAUUCUGGGUUGUGUUGGAUCUACUGGACAUUUUGGACAUUCAGGCCAGUUUGUGGGAGCCUCAAAGGAAAGGGCUCCCCCUAUGGGUGGAGGGCCUUACUUUUUUCUACUGCUACAUACUACUUCUGAUACUGCCAUGUGUUUCAUUGAGUGAAAUUAGCAUGCAAGGUGUCAACAUUGUGCCGCACAAGAUGUUGUUGUAUCCCAUCCUGAGUUUGGUUGCUAUCAACAUUAUUACGCUUUUUAUACGUGGAGGUAACAUGGUGUUUUAUAGAGACGUUCGAGUGUCUGGAAUACUCAUGGGUAAAAACGUCAUCGCCAUUGUCCUGAAGACUUGCAGCUUUGUGCAGUACCGGAGACACCUGCAGGAGGCGCCAGUACCUGCUCUCGCAACAGAACUACAGAGGGAUGCAGUGCCACAAAGUUCUAGAGGGGCAAUGCCACUGACAAUGCCCAUGUCUGUUAGCCUACCAACUCCGCAGGUCAUCAUACAAAAUCUCACCACACUUCCAGAGGAACCUGAACUUGAGGAAACAUGACAAGACUGAAUUAGAUAAGUUUGAUGUGGAAAGAGGAAAUUCUGAAAUGUGAACUGAUACAUGUCCUGACAUGUGUUAGUAAGAUAAAGGUUUUGAUGAGAAAGAUUCAUGAGAUAGAGACAUAUGACUUUAGUGGGGUCCAUUCGGUUCAAAAGCAAACUAACUAAAUGUUUUCAAUGUUAGUCAAGUGGCAGCAAUUCAUUUAAAGAAAAUCACACUUACUGUAAAAAUCUCCAUGACCCUAUGAUUGUAAAA